AUGCCUGCUCGAGAUGGCAGUAAAUCUUGCUCACCCAACAACCUACCGGAGAUCCGCCUCAACAACAACAACUCCACAGGAAAAGCCGCUACGCUGAAAUAUGGUCAGCAGCAACAGCACUCCCGAGAGGACCGGCUGCGUGGGAUUGAGGAACAGAUUGGACGACUGUCUGGCUGCUUCCACCUGUGCGCAGACCAAAUCACUGGUUCUACUCUCGGCCUGUCCAGCAAGAACUACCUGGUGCAGAUUGAGCUGCAACCUCAGUCUAGCCUGCACGGCUCGAGGAUGUCCCUCUUUAACCUAGGCCCGCGGGACAGUCCCUUGAAACCCUUGGGGGGGAGUUCACUCUCGCUGACUAAUGAUACUUCCACGCCCUUCUGUUGGUGCUUUCAGCUUUCUGCCAAUCAGACUGGCUUCUAUGCUUCUUCGGCAGAAGUGAAUGCCUCAGUGACCGGCUACGUACCUCGUUACUCGACGUACGCCUUGAGUGAGACGAAAGCCAAUCUGAGUCCGGAACCAUUUACAACGCUCGUCGUCAAAGUGAGUGCUGGAGUGUGUAUUUAUACUUGA